AUGGCUAAAAAGGAUUCAAUUAAGAAAUCGGUAACUCAUACAACAAGUAACAAAAUUGGACAUCCGAUUAAUGAGUUAAUUUCUGCUGUGACUACUACCUAUAAAGAUUACAUCAACAGUUUAACACCAAGAUUGAAGUUGAUCGACAUUUUUUUAACAUUCUUGGUUUUAUUAGGGAUUUUACAAUUUGCCUAUGUAUUAUUAGUAGGCAAUUUCCCAUUCAAUGCAUUUUUAGGGGGAUUUAUUAGUUGUGUCGGACAAUUCGUAUUAACGGUCAGUUUAAGAUUGCAAUAUAACUACGAGAAUAAUAGUAACAAUACAAGAGAAAAUAUCGACCAAGAAAUAAAGGAAAAGAACAUUGAGGAUGUUAAUGAGACUAAAGUUGAUAUUGAGACUGCUGAAGCAAGCGACAUGAAGCCAUUCAAGUUUGUUACCCCAGAGAGAGCAUUUGGCGAUUUUAUAUUUGCUAGUUUAAUUUUACACUUCGUUGUGUUUCAUUUUAUCAAUUAG